AUGCCCUUGGUAGACUUCAUUUCAUCCUUCUACAAGAAGCACGACUCUCUCUACAAUACCUUUGUAAGUGCAUGUCUCGAGCUCAGGGAGUGCAGAGACAUUAAAAACAGCCUUGGGCAGAUAUAUAAAUGCCUCAGACACGAGCAGACAAGACAGAUAAGCUUCAGGUGUCUUGAAUACUUCAUGGACAACGAGAUGGCCAGCUUCAUAUAUAAACUAGGGAGCAUUGAAGAGAAGAAAGUGGUGAUGGACUUCCUUGUCGACCUGAUAUCAAUCCUUCCUGCCAAAUGCUUUUCAAGACUCAGCAGCUUCUUUGACUCUGUGUUUGAAUCCAGGGGCACAGAUGAGCUGGGGCUGGCUCUUGCAUACUCAGAAAGAAUCAUUGUCCUUGGAUGCAGUAUCAGGACGGCCCUUGUUGAUUACUCCCUCAGGUUCUUUUUUGAGGAGGGCCUUGAGGGAGAAUACUCCAGGGCAUGCUUGGUGUAUCUCAUAUGCUCCAGAAGGGCCCUUGACCAUCUUAAGUCGAUGAGGUUCGCCCAGGCAGUCAUAGUGCGGACCAACAGAAUGUACCUUAAUCUGGAAGAGAAGAUGCCACUCUAUCUGUCUCUUCUGCAGUUUAUUUCGUACUAUGCAAGAAAGGAGGCAGAUCUGUGCAAGGUCGGCAGCACACCUAGUGGCCGAAAAGGCCACUCCCCAAGGAUCAGGGGGCCGGGACUACAUCCAGCAAGGAGUCCCCUGCUUUUGGUGGAUGAAGGAGAUUCUGCAGAGCCUCAUUCCAUCCUUGAUCUCCUCGAGUUCCCCCACGUGCACACCACAAGAACGUACAUAAAGAUACUUGAAAGCACAGGGUCAUCUAACAUAAGGGCCUCUCUAAUCGACUCUGUUCUCACAGUUAUAGAAAACAUCGACGAUCCAGCAGGGUUUGUGAGAUUCUGCAUUGAGAAUCAUCCGAAGCUUGUGGCACCGUAUCUCAUCAAAAACGGUGGAGAAGACUGGUCUCCCACAGGUGUAUUUCAAGAAGUUGCAAGGAUGAAGGGAGGAAGAUCCUCCAUCGAAAUUCCCUAUGCAUGCCAUGUGGAGCGCCACAGAAUCUCCAUAGUAGACUUUCUUAUUGAAAACAGCAUAUGCGAUGAUCUCGUGUUCCUGUUCAUCUGGGUCGUGUCAAAAGAGACGUUUUACACACACUUCGGAAGGAUUCAGAAGAUGUUCAAGAGCCACAAGACAUUCUGGGGAGACCUGUGGCACCUGAUUCUUACCCCCUAG